UCACCAGCCAGCCCACCACAGUCUCUGCUAAAAGUAAAAUCCAGACUCAGCGCAAGUAUGGAGUCUUUGCUCAAGUCACCAAUGAAACUUAUACUUUUGACAGCAUGGCUCUCCAGUGUGAUGGACCCAUGCAGCUUCUCUGACAUUUGUGGUUUUUGUAAUAAACUUGCAACGUGCAAGUCCCAGAAUGGAUCAAAGGAGGCCUGCUUCUGUAACCAUGGAUAUACCGGAGAUGGAAGAACGUUUUGCAAUGAUGACGACGAGUGCCAGAAUGCGACUGGUAUCUGCGGCAGCAAAGCAAACUGCACCAACACAGUGGGCAGCUACUACUGUACAUGUAUGAGUGGAUACAAAUCGACAGGACUGGCCGAGUUCCAGACAAACGAUGGCACCGAGUGCAUCGACAUUGAUGAAUGCGAGGAAGGACAGGCCUGUGGACCAAACUCCCGCUGCCAUAAUACGAAUGGAUCUUUCUAUUGCACCUGUCAGCGUGAUUACAUCCCAACUUCAGGCACUAAGCACUUUCAUCCAGAGAAAGGUAUAAGAUGUAAAGAGCAUCCUCAAAAAUACUGCCAUGACACCAUUGGAUGCAUCACGCAGACUGUCAACAAAACACUUGCAUAUAUGAGUAACCUCACAGAGCCUGAGAGUCUUCUGAAGGAAAUUGCCAACCAGACGUCCGGUGAACUCACCUCAGUGGAAGUGAUUGCAUAUGUUGAGGCCUUGUGUCAAUCUGCAUCAAUGCUGGCUGCCGGAGAAAACGAUUACACUGUCAAACCAUCUGUCAUCAACUCAACUCUCUCAAAAUUAGUGAAAGCAGUAAACAACUUGGUGGAGAAGGAUGAACUGGUGGCUUGGAGCAGAAUCAAAGAAGAGCGCAGGGAACAUACCAUCACCAAGCUGCUGCACACUGUUGAAGAAAGUGCUCUGACGUUGGCCAACAACUACAAAACUCCAACUGAGCUCGAAAUCAAAGCGACACAAAUGGAAUUGAAACUCUUCACCUUUGAUGCCCGUCACACAAAAGCCAUAUUGUCUGCGUCCAUGGGAGGAGAUCAUAUAAAUGUAACUCCGAAGCUGAGACAAGGGGAGAGCAGAAAUGGAAAUGUGUCAGUGGUGUUUGUGCACUAUGACAGCAUCGGUGACAUCCUGAAGCCGAGCAGCGACCCAGGUCUCACCGACUACUCCCGGUAUGCGGGAACAGGGGAAAUCACUGUCAACUCCCAAGUCAUAGCAGCAGCCAUCAAACCUGCUGAUGUCUACCAACUUGACCAUGUCACCUUUACUCUGAGACACAACGAGCCCAUAGACACUAAAGCUGAUGUGAUGAAGUGCGCCUUCUGGGAGUAUGAGCUGGACAGCCUGCAGGGCCACUGGGCCACUCAUGGCUGCAAGACCGUCCACGUCAACAGCAAUGCAACCAGCUGCUCCUGCAAUCACCUCACACACUUUGCUAUCCUCAUGUCCUCUGGGCGAGCCAAUCUGGUGGCUCACUAUACCAUCCUGACCCGGAUCACCCAGCUGGGGAUGAUCAUCUCCCUCAUCUGUCUGUCCAUGUGCAUCUUCACCUUCUGGUUCUUCAGUGAGAUCCAGAGCACCAGGACCACUAUCCACAAGAACCUGUGCUGCAGUCUCUUCAUGGCUGAGUUCAUCUUUCUUGUGGGGAUCAACAUGAACACACAUAAGCUUUUUUGCUCUGUUAUUGCAGGGCUGCUGCACUAUUUCUUCCUUGCAGCCUUUGCCUGGAUGUGCAUUGAGGGCAUUCAUCUGUACUUAAUAGUGGUUGGCGUCAUCUACAACAAAGGCUUCCUGCACCGUAACUUUUACAUCUUCGGCUAUGGAAGCCCAGCAGUGGUGGUGGCCAUCUCCGCAACACUAGGUUCCAAGUAUUAUGGCACUGAUAAAGUGUGUUGGCUGAGCACGGAAAACAACUUCAUAUGGAGUUUCAUCGGGCCUGCAUGUUUGAUCAUUCUGGUUAAUCUCUUGGCUUUUGGAGUAAUCAUCUACAAAGUGUACCGCCAUACUGCUGUGAAAAAACCUGAAAUCAGCCACUAUGAAAACAUCAGGUCCUGUGCCCGCGGUGCCUUGGCACUGCUGUUCGUGUUGGGUGCCACCUGGACCUUUGGAGUGCUACACAUCCUCAAUGAGACCACCCUCACUGCCUAUCUGUUCACCAUCUCCAAUGCCUUCCAGGGGAUGUUCAUCUUCAUCUUCCUCUGUGUGUUGUCCAGAAAGAUUCAGGAGGAGUACUACAGGCUUUUCAAAAACGUGCCAUGUUGUUUUGAAUGCCUGAGAUGAAUUAAUGCAACCAAAGCUUGAUCAUCUGCACUCGUACAAUAACAGUCGACACUCCAGCUUUGCAGCAUCCUGUGACUCAUGCUUUCAUUUUCGGAAAAAGCAGUGGGAGGAAUUGUUUAGUACAGAUGUCUAAUAAAUAUGAACACAUAGCAGCAGCCAUUUCUAAAUCUCUUGUUUCCCCUUUCAAAGACUGUCACCAUCUAUACAUGACUUUGGUUUAUUUUAUGUUCAAGAUAUUUUUGUACAAUGCACACAUACAAAUCCUUGUCAUUUAAGACAUUUUUCUGAUAAUAAUACUGGAAUCAACAUAUUUUGUAUAUUUUCAGUUUAAUUUAAUGCCUUCACAGUUAUGAGCAUUACACUCUGAAUAACCUACACUGCCUGUUUUUUAUCCUUUCUUGUGUUUGAAAUUGAUUUGUAAAUUAUUAAAAUGAAUGUGGCAAACCAACA